CUUUAGUUCAAAAGCUCAAUUUUUUAUUCUAUUUUAUUUUAUUUUUUUCCUUUUCAACUCCCAAGUCUCCCUCUUUGUCUUUUCUUCCUUUCCUUUUCCACCACCUCUUCCUACUGACUCCUGCAUUCUUCUGUCAAAACCCUAGAUUUCAAAUCUAGGGUUUUGUUUUCUUUCCGACAUGAUUCUGCCCACUUGCUAGUUUGAGUUUUCUGUCUGUAAUCUAAGCUUCUGAUGCUACUACAUUUUUUUUUCUUUUGUGACCUCUGUUAUGGGUUUUCAAUAGUGACCCUGUUUGAGCUCUAAAAUUAUGUCCUUUCUCCUUGCUACGAGUGUUUGAUCUUUUGUGGGGUUCUUAGAUUUGUGGAGGCGAACAAAAGCCUUGCAUUCACUUCACCAAGUCUUUGAGCUUGUUGGUGAAUAUCUAUAGAGCUACUGGGUUUUAGAUCCCGUUCUCUCGUAGUUGCUUUUGUGUUAAAAAUCCAAUCUUUCUAUCAUUGAUUGAGCCUUUUGCUUUUCCCCAUUAGGAGUAAACCUGGUAAAACCCGUUUUAGUAUCUUCACCUGUUUGGUAGCCUAAGAAGUUAGCUUUGGGUGGGUUGAGGAGGAUUUUAACAUAGUUGCAUAGGUACCAGAAUUUUUGUGUAUUUCUCACAAAUCUCGUAGUAAAUGCAUGGAUGGGAGAGAAGCUAUGUCAUUCUCUGGUGGCCCUGCUUCAUAUUAUAUGCAUAGAGGAGGUGUUGCAGGGUCUGGCUCUGGAACACAAACAGGGGGGUUCCAUGCACCCCAUGGUUUCAGAGCUUUGUCAAACGCUGGCUUUCCAGCUCAGUCUAAUCCCCGGGAUCAGGGUGGUUCUGUUGGUUCUAGUUCAACUUUUUCAGUAGAGCCUCAAACUCGUGCCAAUUUUAGUCACGGUAUUAGCAUUGGAGCCUCUUCUGGGGUACCUUCAGGUGAGCCUGUGAAAAAGAAAAGAGGGAGACCUCGUAAAUAUGGUCCUGAUGGACAAGUUUCUUUGAGACUGUCUCCAAUGUCUGCCCCUGCUAAUUCUACCCCAGGUUCAAUCACAACUUCCAAUAAAAGGGGUAGAGGGCGCCCACCUGGGUCUGGAAGGAAGCAACAACUAGCAGCUCUAGGUGAAUGGAUGAAUAGUUCAGCAGGGCAGGCCUUUUCACCUCAUGUUAUCACUAUUGGAGUUGGGGAGGACAUUGUAGCAAAGUUACUGUCAUUAUCACAGCAGAGACCAAGGGCUCUGUGCAUCAUGUCGGGCACUGGGACAGUUUCUUCAGUUACUCUGCGACAACCUGCUACUACCAAUGCCAGUAUAACUUAUGAGGGUCGAUUCCAAAUAUUAUGCUUGUCUGGUUCUUACCUGGUUGCUGAAGAGGGUGGACCCUCAAAUAGAACAGGCGGCCUAAGUGUUUCCCUUUCUAGCCCUGAUGGUCAUGUUAUUGGUGGCGCUGUUGCUAUGCUUAUUGCUGGAAGCCCAGUGCAGGUGGUAGUGUGCAGUUUUGUAUAUGGUGGCUCUAAGACAAAGACUAAGCAAGGGACCACUAACCAAGAUGAAAGUUCUGAGCCUCAUCACAGUGACAAGUUAGGUUCUCCAGCUAGUGCUCCACCUAGUCAGAACUACAUGCCUUCUGCAACAAGCAUGUGGCAUGGAUCACGACCAGCAGAGUUGAAAAGCCCGCACACACAUACUGGCAUUGACUUGACACGCGGGUGAAAUUUCAUUUUGGAAGAGACAUUGCAGUUUUGUAUAUACCUGUUGUUGUAAAUGAACUUGAGUUUGUGAGCAUUGUGACUCUACUUGUUAUCCCCAUUGGUGGCUGACAAGUUUGCACUAACAUAUGCUGUGAAACAAAUGAUUCAUUCAGGGUUAUCAAGAAAUUUAUGGAUGAAAGUUAUCAAGUACACUACA